AAUACAAUCUGAAGCCUAUAAAGUCUCCCACACAAAAUCACUCUUUCUACUUUCAGCCCCCAUUCUUCAAUCCCCCAUCUCCAAUUCUUAUACAUCUAAAUCCCCAAAAUAAAAAUAAAAACAACCCAUCAAUUUAUUUCAUACCAUUAUUCAUUGAAAACCAUUGCAGUAGUUAUUUUAAAAAUGGCUCCAGAAGAUGGCGCCACCUCGACACCGCGAAACAUGGCGUCCGGUGGUGGCGGUGGCGGUUGUUCACGGACGAACGGGGGACAGGUGUUGAAAAAGGGGCCGUGGACCGCGGCCGAGGACGCAAUUUUAAUGGAGUAUGUGAAGAAAAACGGUGAAGGGAAUUGGAAUGCUGUGCAACGAAAUUCGGGGUUGAUGAGAUGCGGAAAGAGUUGUAGGCUACGAUGGGCGAAUCAUUUACGGCCUAAUUUGAAAAAAGGAGCGUUUACGCCGGAAGAAGAGCGCCAAAUUAUCGAGCUUCAUUCGAAAUUCGGCAAUAAAUGGGCUCGUAUGGCUCUUCAUCUUCAAGGAAGAACGGAUAACGAGAUCAAGAAUUACUGGAAUACGAGAUUGAAAAGACGAUUACGAGCGGGUUUACCGAUUUAUCCCGUGGAUUUCCAGCAUCACCAUCGGAGACAUCACGAACAAUCGUUACAAAAUCAAACAAUUCCGUUUUCAUCAUCAUCACCGUCGUCAAGUCAUGCAAAAACCGCGAUCAAUUCGAUAUCUCCGUUGUUGUACGAUCCCCUAAAUUACCCUGUCAUGAGCAUGAACACGAACACGAACACAAACACACCGUUUUAUAUUCAAAACACACAAUCUAAUUUCAAAACGCCUCAUCCAAACACCCAAUUUCCUAAUCGAAAUAGCUCGAUAUCGUUCCUCAAUCAAGGUUUCCCGAGCUCCCUUCAAUCCAAUCAUCCCGUGAUUCAAAUACCGAAAAUUGAACCGGCUUUUGACGAUGUUAGAUUGUUUGAAAAUGUAGAAAAGGACAUCCCUUCGAUCCAAUCGUUGUUUCGAGCGAUCACUCCGACAUGUUCUUCAAACACCGCGAAUGAUCAUCUGAUUGUGCAAUCGAACGAUGGUGAUAAUGCGAUUUCCGCCUACGUAUCUUCCCGGGGAAAUAGCGGGUUGUUAGAGGAUGUUUUAGGCGAAUCGCGAGCCUUAUUAAGCUCAUGUAAAUUAUCAGAAACCGAUACGGGUAUUGAAAAAAUGACGCAUGAGUACCCCCUAAUGGAAGAGCCCGAAAACGUCACUUUGGAUUCGGUUUUUGAAACCGGGGAAGCUAACAAGACGACUUUAGACGACUCGAGUUCCGGACAUUCGUCCAUUGAAAUCGGAGGAAAAUCCCAAAGCGAUGUAAUCGACGAAAUGAACACGAUGGACGAAGAUUUCUCGAGCUGGCUCGACUUCCCAACGGGUUGGUACGGUGGAAGUGAAGAUCCAUCAAAUGAGAAACCCGUUGAUGUAUCGAACGGGAACAUGGGGGGAGUAGAACACCAAGUUGAGAUCGCGUGCUCUCCGGUUGCAACCACGGAGACGGACCAUGACCAUGAGUGGACCAUGGGGUCGUGCCGCUGGAACAACAUGCCUGGGUUUAGCUAGAUGGUUAGUUUGGUGUAACUAGGUGAGAGUGGAUGGUAAACAUGAGGUUAAAAUUGCAAUAAGUAAAUUAUUUGUGGUGUGAAAUCAAAUUUAAUUCUGUUGUUAAAGGUCACAUUUUAGUUACGGUGUGUA